AUGUCAUCCGCGGGCACCGAUGCCACGGCCGUGAAGACCUCCACCGAAACACGGGGAAUGCCACCCAGCAGCCUUGAUGAACUUGUGAAGGUGCUGCAUGACAACUACCUGAAGUACGUGAAGCCUCUAGAAGAGAUGUACAAAUACGACCUAUUUCGUCCUAGCUGGUUUGAGGAGACAAUCCUCAAUCAAAAGCCUUUUGUGGCCUUCUUCGGUCCGUGGUCCUCCGGAAAGAGCACGUUUAUAAACCAUCUGCUGCAGGACAACUAUCUCUGGACGGGACCACAGCCGACAACCGCCGAGUUCACCGUUGUCGUUUACGGUGAAGAAGUAGGUCCUGUGAAUGGGCACGUGCUUGCGAACGCCAAGAAUCUCCCCUUUAAGGGACUAACAGAGUUCGGGGAGUCAUUUUUGGAGAAGUUCCAGGGGUACCAGGUCCCGCAUGAGCUGCUAAAGCGUGUCACAUUAAUUGAUACGCCGGGUGUGCUGGAGAGUGUGAAGGAAAUUCGAGAACGCCAGUUUGACUACGUGAAGGUGAGCCGCUGGUUUGCGGAGCGCAGUGACCUUAUUUUUGUUAUCUUUGACCCCACCAAAAUGGACGCUGGCGUCGAGCUUCGCAUGAUGUUUAAGCACGCGUUCAAGGGGUUGGAGGGCAAGGUGAGGCUUGUCCUCAACAAGGCCGACAGCGUCAACACCCAGGAAUUGAUGCGGGUCUACGGCAGCCUUUUUUGGAACUUGUCAAACCUCAUUAACUGCACCGAGCCACCGCGCGUGUACGUUGGUAGCUUUUGGGACCAGCCAUACAGGGAAGGGACCUUCACGCUCCUCUUCACGGAGGAAAAGACCGAUCUUUUGCACGAGAUCAUGGAAGUGGUGCCGCAGCAGUCGCGUGACAGGAAGGUGGCGAACCUCAUACGUCGGGCAAAGGCGGUGCUGGUGCAUGCGCUGAUCGUUGGUGGAAUGCGGUCAGAGCUGCCGCGGCUCUUUGGGAAGGAGAAGGCAAAGAGCAAGGCUCUGGACAACCUGCAAAGGACGUACGAGAUCAUGGCGGCCAAGUACAAGAUGAACUGGAAGGACUUUCCCCCUGUUGAGGAAUACCGCGCCUUCUUGGAGAAAUUUGACCUUGAAAAAUUUCCAGAAAUUGAGAAGGCGGAAAAAGACGGCAAAAUUAGCGGCGCACAGAAGUGUAUCGACACAAUACUUCCCGCCCUCUUGCGCCCCGUCAAGAGAACUGCUGCUGCCGACCCACGGAAUAAGGAGCAACGGCAGCAGCUGCAGCAAAUGUACCACGAGGUGAUCCGCUCACAGUACGAGGGGCGAGCAGGGAAGCAAGGCAGCAGUGACGUGGUGCAGCCCUCCCUUCGAGACAGCGCCGUGGCGUCGUCUGGGGAAGAGUGGGGAAAAGCGAACGCUGCGCCCCAACAAACAACGUGCCCCAUGACAGCCACGAGCGCCGUUGCAACGCCCGAUCAGGCACAGAUGCUCAUGGGGAUGAUGAUGCAAAUGAUGCAGCAGCAGCAGCAGCAGCCAUAUCCUCUGGCUCCCCAGGCUGUGUCUCCAGAGGAGGAGAAGUUGGAUUGA